CCAACAAGAGUCACCAAUACCUUUAUUUCCUUGUCAUUGCGCUGUCCACUUCGACACAUACCCUGCCGACCGUUAUCCACUUCGCCGAUCGCUAGCGGGAGGCCCAUCACCCACGAACCCACUACUCAACCUAUCCCCGGAUUUCCCCGCACCAUCCAUUUGGCUAUCGAUAUAAAGUAUCAGUACCAAAAAAACUACCUCAGGAAAAACAAAACCACGCGAAAGCAGGCUCUUUCGCCAACAACCAUGGCGCGUCCUCUGUCCACCGCCCGCGUCUCCAAAUCUCCACGCCACACCACCAUACCAACCACCAAAACCACGAGAACAGCAUCACUCAAUAAUCCUCUUCUCUUGACCUCGUUCCUCAUCCUAUCCCUUACACAAUCAACACUCGCCGCCCCGACUCCUUCAGAAACCGGCAUCAAAACUGCGCCUUCGCCUCCAUCGCCACCGACCCCGCCGCCGCCACCUCCUUCGCCUCCUCCCCCAGCACAAGGACCCAAGCCCCUCGCCUCGGGCGUCAUCUUCGCCAUUUUCCUCGCCGGAGUCGUCGUUAUCGGCAGCAUCAUCGGUUACUUUGUGGUUGUCAAAAUGAACAAGUCGAAGAAGCUUUACGAGGAGGCUGAGGCGGCGAAACAGGCAGAGGCUGCCAAGUUGAAUAUGAACAAGGGUUCGAUCGAUUACGGGAACGAUGCCAUGGAGAUGAGGCCCCCUGUUCCACCAAAAGAAAUGGGAAGGCCGAUGGUCCGGGGCAGCGAGGGGGUUUACAGGAAAGGCGAUUGGGAUUGA